AACCCGGACGGGCGGACGCCUCCGGCUGCGGCCCGACUUCCCUCCCCGAGCAGGAAGGGAGGGGGCGGGCGGAGCGGUGCGUCCCACGGGCCGCGCAUGCGCCGCUCACGGGCAGCCCCAGGAGUGGAAUCCAGUUGCCGGAUUCGCCGCUGCGCCGGGAGUGCGCCUGCGCGGUCUCCGGGUCCCUCCACCUCCACUUCCCCUCCCCCUGUCCCCCCUCGGGGGCUCCGGGUCCGGCGGGACCAUGUUCGCCAGCACCGGCUCCAGCGGGCUUUAUAAGGCACCUCUGUCUAAGAGUCUUCUGCUGGUCCCCAGUGCCCUGUCCCUUUUGCUGGCCCUUCUCCUGCCACACUGUCAGAGGUUCUUUGUGUAUGACCUCCAAGCAGUCAAGGAAGACCUCCAGAUUUGGAGGUUGAUAUGUGGAAGAAUAAUUUGCCUUGAUUUGAAAGAUACUUUCUGCAGUAGUCUGCUUAUUUAUAAUUUUAGGAUAUUUGAAAGAAGAUAUGGAAGCAGAAAAUUUGCAUCCUUUUUGCUGGGUUCCUGGGUUUUGUCGGCCUUGGUUGACCUCAUCCUCGUUGAGGCUAUUUGGUAUUUCUUUGGUAUUGCUACAGCCGGGAAUUUGCCUUCUGGAUUCCUGGCACCUGUGUUUGCUCUGUUUGUACCAUUUUACUGCUCCAUACCAAGAAUCCAAGUGGCACAAAUUCUGGGCCCGUUGUCCAUCACAAACAAGACAUUGAUUUAUAUAUUGGGACUACAGCUUUUCACCUCUGGUUCCUACAUCUGGAUUGUAGCCAUAAGUGGACUUAUAUCAGGCAUCUGCUACAACAGCAAAGUGUUCCAACUCCAGCAGGUGCUCUGCAUUCCCAGAUGGAUGGCAAAGUUCUUUUCUUGGACACUUGAGCCUAUCUUCUCAUCUCCAGAACCCACCACUGAAGCCAGAAUCGGGAUGGGAGCCACAGUAGACAUCCAGAGACAACAAAGGAUGGAGCUGCUUGACCGGCAGCUGAUGCUUUCUCAGUUUGCACAAGUGAGAAGGCAGAGACAGCAGGGAGGAAUGAUCAAUUGGAAUCGUCUUUUCCCUCCUUUACGUCAGCGACGAAAUAUAAACUAUCAGGAUGGUCGGCAGUCUGAACAACAAGCAUCUCCUCCUCUGGAGGUUUCUGAGGAACAGGUUGCUCGGCUCAUGGAGAUGGGAUUUUCUAGGGGUGAUGCUUUGGAAGCCCUGAGAGCUUCAAACAAUGACCUGAAUGUGGCUACCAACUUCCUGCUGCAGCACUGAGGGUCCUGAGUGGUGGAUAGAGACUGGCCAAGCUGCUGCCCCCCCCCCCCCAAGCGGGUGAGGUCCUGACCCUGAGGCAGCCUGGGGCCAGCACUGUCCUGGGCAUGCGUCCUCCUGUGCUCUCAUGGGCAAACGGUGGUCCCCGCCGCUCCUCCCUUCAUUCCAAGGCCAUUGCCGUUAAAAAAAGUCUCGAAAAUAAGUUUGCCAUUAAAUCAGCAUGUAUUUUUCUAUCUGCAUUUUUUUAAUGGGGCAUUUUCCUUCGUUUGGAAAUUCCUAAUGUGUUUAAAAUCCAUUAAAACUGCAAAUUUCUGUAAGCAAUGGAAUAGCACCCACAAUGGGAAAUUAUUGCUAAUAUAAUAUUCUUUCCACUGUAAUGUGACAGCCUACAUUAUAUCCGAUCAUAAAUCCCGUGACAGGGGAAUGUUAUUCAGGAAGAACAUGGCAAAGUAUUCCUUAUGGACUAUUUCUUAUCACUAUUUUUUCCCUCACAUUUGCUUUCAAACCCCAGUGGCUGCUGGGUGUCACCUUUUCUAGGGGGUGAACAGCACAGAUCUGCUGCACUCGGUCUUAGCCAGGCCUGAGUGAGGAAGGAGAAACAGAGAAGCAGAUCCUACUCCCCACAGUUCCUGCCCGUUUCAUCCAGGGAGUAUCUCUAACUCCUGCUCCUCCUCACUUCCAUUAAAGAAAAUAAUAAGUUCUGAUUCAAGGUUCUGGAAUACUCUGUGGAACUUAACUGGGGUUCCUUUUGCUCAGAAUAUGUGCGGUUAUCCUCUCAGGCUGGGGGUGAAAACAGGACAGAGCAGGGGCUCCCUGGAGCAGUGUGGGGCCCAGCCGCUCUGGAGGCAGGAGCUCCCCAGCCCCGUGUGACCUGAUGUCCAUGCCAGGCGGGGUGGACUGCCUGCAGAGGACACCGCCACAGGAGGGAGGGAGGCAGAGGGAGGCAGGGGUGGGCCUGGUGAGGGCCAGGGGAUGGAAGCAGGGCAACUGUUAAGAUCAAAGGCAAUGAUGUGACUCUUGUGUUCUGCAAAAGGAGCGGCAAUGUAUCAAAUUGAUGCAAAUUUGGACAAGUGUAAUACUUAUAAUAAAGUUUUUAAUGUGUUUUA